UGUGUGUGUUCAAAGACAUAAGUGGUAGCAAACUGCUGCAAGGAUUUUGAUAUAACCAUUCCUCGCUCAGCGAAGUGACGCCAUUUUACGGGAAUGACCAGCCCGCGGCUGCCUCAUACUGAGCCUGAUGUAAGAAGCGCUCUGCCCAAACGGAUGCAUGGAAACGAAUCUAUAUUGUUACACUCGUACUGGACGUACGAUUUCAGAGAAAACUAUGGACGAUGGUAAUUUCACCAACACAAAAGACGAGAAAACUGCCCAAGCGUCAUUGGCGAACCUGUAUAGUGAUCGACCAGCAAAAUUAACCACCAAUGGACAUGAUUUCGUUGGGGAGUCGUCCAGUCCCACUGCCGAGCCCUACGAGCAGUACAGACCGGCUCCAGAAACUCCGCAUGACGACAAGGCGAGGAAACGCAUUAACCCAUUGAGAAUACACCUUGGCAAAAGACCAUUUGUUGACAAUUCCCCUCAAUAUUAUGGUCAAAGCAAGCAAAAGAAACCUUGUGUGAUCAAAUCCAGUGAUUCAAGUACACCUUCAAUACCUAGAACGCCUAAACUAAUUCCUAAAAGAAUAGACCAUAGAUUUCACAAUGUUGCACUACAGCAAGACAGUAGCUUAUUGGAAAGUGAACGAGACAAACCUGUCCCACGGCUCGUGCCCAAAAGCCAAUUGUUACAGUUCAAAAAGGGUAAGGUUGAAAAACAACGUCAACCUCAGCUUAAGGAAUAUGCCCAAAACUUGGGCUUGCAACCUAUGGUGAAGUUUAAAUGCAGGAAAUGUUGUUCAAUGUCAUUUAAAACACUGGCUAUGUUGAAAGAGCACCAAUUAGUGUGUCGUGCACAAUCUAAAGAGCCCACUUUAAGCCCAGAGGCAGCACCCAGUGCUGAAACACAUACUGGAGGACCAUCUAGAGUGACAAGAAAAGUCUACUUGUGUUCAGCAUGUGGAACUUACUAUGAGAAUUGGAAUCUGUUUCUUCACAUGAGAGAAAUCCAUAACAGACACAUAUGUCUGUUCUGUUUAGGAAUGUUUUCAAAAGCAGAAAAAUUGUCCUCUCAUCUGUCUAACAAACAUAAUGUGAAAGAAUUUACCUACGAGACCAAGGAAGAAAUUUUAAAUGUUUUCAAUGGGACAUUGUAUUUGAUGUGCUGUGCGUGUGAGGAAAUAUGUAGUGAACAAGAUGAUUUCUUCAAUCAUGACUGUAACAAAAUCAAACCUAGACCUGUGCCUGUGCUUGUUAGUAAAAAUGCAGUGAAACCGAAUAGUGCAAAGCAAGGGAAGGGUGGCAGUAGUAACGAACUGUCAGCAAAUGGACCUGCUGCCAUUAAAGAACCUCUAAAACUAAUUAGUGAUAAGAAAGAGUUCAGUGAAGUGGGACAUGAUAUAAUGUCUAAUGCAAAUAAAGUUCCAGUUCCAAUGGCUGGCGACUGUGAGCCUACCAUCAGUGACACAAGUAUUUCUUCAGAAUCAUCAACAAUUAGUAAAGAUACAACAAACCCUCAAGAUACCAUUAUGGAAUUAAGUAAUUCAUAUUCUAAAUCAAAUGCAAGCACCAUCCAAAAGUAUGCCUACAGUCCUGAACCAGAAACAAGUAGAGAUGGCAUGCCAAAUGGUGAUGAGAGCAUGGAACAUUCAGAUGGCAAUGAGUCGCCAAUCCCUGAUGAUCUGCCAACAAUAAUCCAUGCUGCUUCAGAGAAACCUGAAGUACCUGCUUUUCCCCCUAUAGAAAAAGAAAGAGAGUGUGGCAUCAAGUUAAAACUGAGUUUAAAUAAUGCAAAGUCACCUGUCAUAAUAAAUUCUACUGUGGAUCCUACUAUUGGACAGAAUUCUACUAUUGGACAGCAUAAGGCACAUAAACCGCCUACACGCGUCCGGCGUCCGCCAAAGCGGUAUGAAAAGGAAAAACCACUAAUAUCUUCUGCAUUACCAAAGACACCUACUAUCAAAAUGACAAUUUGUGAUAAAGCUGACAAUCCUUUCAUUAAGACUACAAUAUAUGAAAACAAUCAAGAAACUACUCUUAAAACACUUUUGAAUAACAAUUUAGAAAAUUUAGCUAUAACCUCAGACAACAAACCGGAAAAUACAAUUAAAUCCACUAUUUAUGAUAAUAAAAUUGAUGAUGAAAAUUCUUUGAACAGAGUUCCAAAAUUGACAGUUAGAGUUCCAAAAGAACUUCUGGACAAGGAUUCGUCCAGUGACUACUCUUCAGACAGUGAUGUCAGUGACAAAUUAACAGUUGAUGAAAAUAAAGUAGCAAUAGAUGAACAGAACAAGGCAACAGAAGAAGCAAUGCUAGAGUCACCAACAGUUGCUGGGAUACUUCAACAGCCCUUAGAGGAAAGUAAAGAAGAAACAUCAAUAGUACUAGUACCCUCAAUAACAGAAGAAAAAGUACAAACUGUGCAUGAAGAUGUAACAUCUGUAGAUGAACCUCUGACUGAACCAAUGGAGCAGGAUACUAAUAUUGAGACCAGUCUUGAUGAUCCACCUCCAAGUGAUGAGUUGCCAGUUACUGAAUUGUCUUUAGAUAAACCUCUAGAUAAAUAUCCCCUAAAAGAGUUAUUAAAAGUAUUUUUGGCAUCUACAUUGUACAACUGCAUCUACUGCAAUCAUGCUCGCAAGAUAGCUGUAAACUGUGAACAGCUGUCUUUGCAUAUGGUUGCAGAGCACCGUUUUUCAGCAACUGUGGAUAGUAUUACUGCUGAAGAAUUAUUGCCAGAAACUAUAAUUGCUAAAGUAAGCACUGGAGCAGAAGAACUUAGAAACAUCUACAUCAAUUUGGAUUCUUAUGAUAGUGAAGACAAAUGUGGAGAUUUGCCAUAUGACCACAUAUUUGAGUGUUUUCAAUGCUAUUUUAAGACUCCAAUACACAAAGAUCUCUAUUUACAUAAUCGCAAAAUGCAUCAAAAAGCUAUGAUACUAUGUGUAAUGUGUAAAUCUAACUUUUAUAGCUAUAGUGAGUUAUUAUGUCAUUUAUGUCCUGGAACAUAUGAUUCUGAUUGUGACAUUAAGUUUAGAUGCUGUCUGUGUAAUGUAGACAAUAUACCUUCAUCAUUUAGGUUAAUGGUACAUCUUAGAAAGAUGCAUCACACUUGUGACGUUUGCUUGGAGUUCUGCCACAAUCAAGUGCGCUUAUCCAAUCAUGUUUGGAAGCAUAAACUUCGUCACCUAUGUUAUCGAUGUGGCUUAUCAUAUAGAAAUAAACCAGAUAUUACAAAUCAUCUGUUCUGGAAACACGGGACGCAAAGUGUGCAGUGUAAAAAAUGUCUGCAGAAAAAAUGGCCCCAUGUAUAUCACUUUUGUUCACCUCCUGCUAUUUUCAUUUGUGAGGAAUGUAGUUUACAUUUCACAAAAGCAGUUUGUUUGAAGGUUCAUAAAAGGUUCCAUUCUGGUGACCUUCCACACAUAUGUACGGAGGAAGGAUGUUCUGAAAAGUUUGUUUCCAAAAAAUUGCUUAUGAAGCACAUUGAUGAACACAGGAAGAAACUAUUGAUUGAAGAUUUAUGUGAAGACAAACCAAAACCUACAAAUGAGACAAUUGAAGAAACACCCAAGGAAGCAAUCCCUAUUAUCGAUUUAGUUGAUGACAAACCUACAGAGGAAGCUAAUACUUCUGAAGUGAAGGCUGAAGCUAAUAUCGUGCAAACAUCUAAAAAAUCGAAAAAGAAAAAAGUAAAAGACAAGGAUACCUUAAUGUUAGAUGUCAAUCUACCAGAAUUAAACUUAUCAGAAAGUGAUAGCAGUGACGAGUCAGACUGUGGAGUGGCUCUGCCUAAAUCUGUUACUCAAUCACCACCUAAGAAAGAAGUUGAAGAUGUAAAACCUGUGGUGGAAGAAAAACCAGCAAUUAUAGAAACUCCACUUGAUGACAACAAGAAAUUAGAAACUGAAGAAUCAGCAGUAAAAGUUGUGCCGAAAACAGAAACUGUAGAAGAAGAAAAACCAGACGAGAAGCAAGUACUAGAGAUAUGGGACAAUUUCAAAAAAUACCAAGAGAAAGUAGAAAAACCAAAGGAAAAAACACCACCACUAGUUCCCAUAAGGAAACAUGUUUGUGAAUCUGAUCAUGAUUAUUGCUUGAUACCUACUGAUUUGAAUGGCGGCGAUGACCCAUACAAUUUAGAUAAAAAGAAAAAUAAGAAAUCUCCUAAGAAAAGACAUGGUGGCCUCUCGUCGUCAAGCAGCAGCAGUAGCGAUAGUGAUUCAAGCUGCUCUUGUGGUUCAAAUUGUAGUUGUUCUUCUAGCAGUGGUUCCUCGUCGUCUAGCUCUUCCGAUUCCGAUUCUUCUGAUGAAUCAGGCAAUGAGAAAAAGAAAAGCAAACAACAAAGAAAAAGAAUGUCCAGCAGAAGACUUAGUAAUGGGUCUAAUGUAGACGUUAUGGGAAUUUCUGAAACUCCAAUUUUGAUACCAGAGAAAACUGAGCCUCCAAUUGCCGAAACUGAUUUAGAAACCGACGAAAGUGAAACAGACGAAGAAUUUUAUGAUGAGGCACCUCAUAAAAUUGCUAUGAAAUUAUUCACAGAAAAACGCAAUCAAUUGAUGAUGUCAAUGGCUCCAUCUGAUGCUGGUUCAGUUUCUGGAGAGGCAAGUCGUCCAGUAACACCUAUCAAGGAAGAAAAACAAGCAAAUGAGGAAAUGGAAUCUAAAGAGAAAUCUUCAAGUAGUAAAAAGAAAAGUAAGAAGAAAAAGAAAUCCAAAAGUUCCAAAAAACGUGGACCUAUCAAAAUUAACAUUCCUAAAGAUGUUAUUGCUAAAUCUGAAGUAGAAGUACCACCACAACCACCUUUAGCUCCUAAUAAAAUUACCAUAUCUUUGCAAUCUAACACUGUCCAUAUACCAGCCCCACCUAUUAAUGAAAUUCCAGUCACCAGCGCCGCCAGUGCUAUCCCAGCUCCUAUUGUAGCAGCACCAAUUGAAAAGAAACGUGCUUCAAAAAGAAGACGAGUUCCUAACAAAUUUUACGGCUAUUCUAGUGACGAAGAAACGCCGUCAACUCCAGUUGCAGCAUUAAAACCACAACAACCUCCAAAAUUGGAAUGGAGGAAGGAAGACUUACCAUCUCCAGUGUCACACAAAGCAAAGAAAGAAGUACCUUCAACUAUUCUACCAUCACACAGAUUGUAUAAUUAUUCUGAACCUAUGACUAUGAGACUGACUGCACCAAUCCCAGAUCCUGAACCACCGAAAAUUCUAAUGAAUUCAGAAUCUAUGGAGUCCAGCGACACAGAUUCGAGUGACCAAGGUUUGGAGAUUUACCAGCCUAGUAACGUGCACGCUUCUGUACCAAUUCCACCUCCUAGCUACUUAAAUUCAGGUACUUCUAGUCUGCCUUAUCCUUUCCAAAGGCCAGCUGUGCGGCAAGCUAGAGAGGGCGAAAGUGUUUACUGCUACUGCCGCUGCCCGUACGACGAAGUGUCGGAGAUGAUAGCGUGCGACGCUGAAGGUUGUCCCAUAGAAUGGUUCCACUUCGAAUGCGUUGGUAUCAUGGUACCGCCUAAAGGCAAAUGGUACUGUCCCGAAUGUAGGAAAAAUCAAAGCUUCUCAGGUUACAGAUAGUCUGUGAAAAUUACUUGUAUAUAACCUACUGUAUUGUUAACUGUAUAUAAUUUAUUUGUAGAUAAUUUAGCUUUACCUGUAUAUCUGUGUAGGUAGUUUGUAUAAGAUUUAGGUUAGUAGGACCGAAAAAAAUGUAUCAUUGUUAAAAAGUACAUGUUACAUGCUUAAUACCGGCUGUGCGGCCAAUCUGUAACCUGGCUGGCAUAUUGUUACUGACAUUAACGUAUACAGCUAAACGGAAAUAUAAAUCCGA